UGUAGUCUAGUGUGCGGAGGAAGGUAGCGCACUCCAGGGAGCUGCGCUGAGAUCUUUGAGACACGGACGCAGGCAGGCGGCAGCAGCGAGAGCAUCAGCAUCAAACACAGACCCGCUGUACGGGGCUCGGCAGCCUCCCUCCGUCCCUCCGUCCCUCCGUGCCCAGCCAUGAAACAGACGUUACUGGACCUCAUGAGGAUGAGUAGGAUCUGCCGGAUGGUGCUGGCCACUUGUUUAGGAUCUUUUAUUCUGGUCAUCUUCUAUUUCCAAAGUAUGUUCCAACCAGUUAUGAGGCGGAACCCGUUCGCAGCGGAGGGCUGCUGUCGGAAAGGCUCCAGAAACGCCCUGCAGGAGCUGUACAACCCCACACAGGCUGAGUUCUCAGCGGCGGCGGUGUUGCAUCAGGCCCGGCGGGAUCAGGUGGCGGACACGUGUCGUGCCCACAGCGCGUCCAGCCGCAAGCGGCGCGUCCUGACCCCCAGCGACCUCAAGCACCUAGUGGUGGACGAGGAGCACGAGCUCAUCUACUGCUACGUGCCCAAGGUGGCUUGCACCAACUGGAAGCGGGUCAUGAUGGUUCUGAGCGGUCGGGGCAAGUACAGCGACCCCAUGGAGAUUCCGUCCAACGAGGCCCACGUCCCCUCCAACCUCAAGACCCUCAACCAGUACAGCAUCCCCGAUAUCAACCACCGGCUCAAGAACUACCUCAAGUUCCUCUUCGUGCGCGAGCCCUUUGAGCGCUUGGUGUCGGCCUACCGCAACAAGUUCACGCUCCGCUACAACACCUCAUUCCACAAGCGCUACGGGACAAAGAUCGUGCGGCGGUACCGCAAGAACGCCACAGCUGAGGCAUUGCAGAGCGGCGCCGACGUGAAGUUCCAGGAGUUCGCCGAGUACCUGGUGGACCCAGGCACUCAGAGAGAAGCUCCGCUCAACGAACACUGGCAGACGGUCUACUCGCUCUGCCACCCCUGCCACAUCCAUUACGACCUGGUGGGCAAGUACGAGACUCUGGAGGAGGAUGCCAACUACGUGCUAAAGCUGGCAGGGGUGGGCGACUCAUUGCACUUCCCGUCGUAUGCCAAAUCCACCCGUACCACCGACCAAAUGGCGGCCAUGUUUUUCAACAACAUCAGCUCCCAGCAGCAAAGCCAACUCUACCAACUCUACAAACUGGACUUUCUUAUGUACAACUACUCUAUUCCCAGCUACCUAAAACUGCAGUAAACACACAUUCGCAGUUGCGCAUACGUUCCGAGCUCGUUCAACGAGGUUGAACAAUGGGAGAAUGGCCGUGGCUGAAAGACACAGGCGGGGAAUCAACCAAGCACCUAACUGUAAAAUUGUAUUUAUAUCCGCUGGGACGGUUGCUUUAUUUCGAGACAACCAAGGAGCUGUCGGUCAACUGCGAAAGCGUGGACCACUCGAAAGUGGUCUUUUGAGACUGAAGUCCUGAUGUAGUUGCCUAUUGAAUUGUACAUUAUCAAUGUAAAGGCUCCUGUUCCCAAACAUCAAAAGCAAUAUGACAGAUUCUGAGCUGUACCUGCUCAACUGGUUUAUCUAUUAAUAUACUCAGCCAGCCAUCGCCAUUAUCGAAGCUUCACAGAAAGGAACGCCUAGACUAAUAAUAAGACUUGAGAUACAAUCGGUUCCCCACUUCUAAUUUCUUGUUCUCUUUGGAAGUUCCCUCGCUUCUCUCCCAUACUCAGACGGCCUUUGUGUGUGUGUAUUUAUACGGUGCAUAUUUGAAGAUGCACGCUAAAAUAAGAAUGACAAAAAAAAAAGAGGCAUUGAAUGAUGCCUUCCUGAAGGGGCGUGCCCAUUUGUGAGUGACCGGCAUGGGCUCCGCCCACUGGGUCAGUCAGGGAGCAUCUGUAGCAGUCGGGAGGUCAGAGGUCACUGCGGGUUGGCCUCAAGCACACUGUUCCCACAACCCCUCCUCCCUUGGUUGGUCUUUGGUAAAUUUAAGGAUUUUGGGUGUUUUGUUUUAUUUUGUAUUUGUUUAUAAUGGGAAAAGUUGCUGCGAGCAGCACGUUAUAAUGUUAUUUGAAUUACUGUGUGAAAUAGAGAUGGGAAAGACUUAAUAUUUUGUUUCCAGGAAAGGAAAUCAGCUUAGCGCUAGAGGUUUAAUUGUUAUAAUUUGUUCAUAUUUCUUCUUGCCUCAUAUGCAGAACACAGUUGCUGGGAUACACCUCGCUAGUUUUUUGUGACUGGUGUACGGAAACGGGCAGGACUUUGUUUUCUGAGCUGUUCUCAUGGGAAAGUUUCACACAGUUGUGUGCAUUUGAGAGAGAGAGAGAGAGAGAAAAUGCAGGCAAGUCUGUUCCAUCCAUUAGAUGAUUUAAAUGUCUUUCCCAAUUUGAGAAGUUUAAAGGAACACCCUUUAAUUUAGCAAACUGUCUUUUAUGACCAUGAUUUGCUUUGACUAUGCACGAAAAUUAUAAAAAUUGCUUAUUUAUGUGCGCGAUGGCCACAAGUGGGUGUGUCCAAGUGCUUUAUCUCAAUGUUUUUGUCUGUACCAAAUCUUCACUCUGGCAAAGGUAACGGCUAAAGGCUUCUUUCAGCUUUCUCUCUCCCACAUCUCUCUGCUUUUUAGGAAAAGUCCUGGGUUUAUUUGACCUGAAUAAGUAAGUGCUGAUUAGCAGGAUUUCAAGUCCUGUAGAGCAGGAUCUUUAAUGAAGACCACACACACUUGAGGAAGCCCCUUAUUGAUGCAGAGUGUAAAACGAGGCAAAAAAAGCAAAUGAGAAGAAAAAAAUCUGUCAAAGCCAAGCCAUGUUAUCAGUAGGGGUGUAACGAUACACAAAACUGACGGUUCGUAUGUACAGCAGGGGGAGAAAACUAAACAAAAUUGCUUUAAAAAAAAAAUUAAACAGUAGUUUACUGAACAAAUUGUCUCUCUGUCUUUAAAUGAAUUCAAUUAUAAGUAAAAGUUUCUUAAGGGUAUAAAAAUGAUCUCUGGUAAUGCUUUAAACUAUAUAGUGAGCCCUUACUUGAACAUUACUAAAGGUUCAGAACCAAAACUAUUAGCCUAAAUUCAGUUGCUAUUUAUUUUUAGAUAUAAUAAUUAACACUCAAAUUGUAUGCAAACUUGUAAUCUGCACAUAAGACAGUUUUUGCAUUAACUUCUUAAUCUAAUUAUAAAAUUGUUUUUACUCCAAUUCGUUGUUGAAAUAUCAUUUACACAGUGGCUGUCAUGACAGAUUUAUUUAAACACAUCAAAUAAUCAAGACAUCACUAACAGGUUAAACAGAUGUUCAUUCAUGUGUAUUCUGUAACUUGUAUUAAAGAGGAAGAGAUGAUCGCGUUCACUUGCGCUGCCGCCUGAACUGAGUGAUCUGUCACGCCACAUUAAAGAGCGUCAAAACGGCAUUUUUUGUUUGAAUUUCGUAACAAAAUGGACAGAAUUUGAAAGAUGACACUUUGUUUCUGAUUGGAAGUAAUAAAAAACACGGAGCUUAUUGCAAUUAUUGGUGGUUUAUGCUGGAUUCGUCGUGUAGAUCCAGUGGGCCAGGGCUAGGCGGGGCAGCAGGGGGUACGCGGUACGUACCAUGGGCGGUGUAUCGCGUUUUUUCGGUUUGGUUUGAAUAUCGUUACACCCCUAGUUAUCAGCUUCUAUCUCUUUCUCCCUCUUCUUCACUCUAUUUCUGCUGCUAUUGCUUUAUCAUGCUGCUUUUCCUAAAUCUUAUCCUAACUCAAAAAGAAACCAGUAAAGCCGUUCAUGGAUUUGUCAGAGUCAUAAUUACAAAACUCAUUUCUUUUAAACGAGUUGUCAUCUAGUAAUUAUGGUAACUGAUUGGCUGGUUAGGACAAAAACUCAGAUUAACAUGCAGACGAUUCCAGUAGAUAAAUUUAGCAUAUUAUCCUUAACAAAAGACACACAAAACCUUGUUGUUCUUAGAAGGACUGAAAAAUCUCUUCUAUCCUCUUCAUCAGAACAGGAAAUGAAUCUGAAGCAAAGCUUUUUUUAAUCAUCAGCUCAGAAAACAAAGUGUGCCUGAAUGGUUUCUCCAUUUUUCAAAACUGUUUAUUUCAUUUGUUCUGUAACAACAAACACGGUACAGCCUCAUUAGCGCCCACACGACAGCCACGCUAAUACACGCAUUAGCGCCCACAUUAGCAGGCACAGUGCCUUUCAAACUGUCACUCUAUCACAUGUAAUACAGCUCACUCUCAUUGCAUGCAACUGCAUUUUUAGAAACAAAAAAAACCAAAAAAAAAAACAUGAUUUGCUUUAUGAUUCAUGCUUCCAGCUGAGGACAUUCCCAGAUGGAGGUUUUAGCAUAUUUAGCUAACUUAGCUAAGUUUUCACACUACAGAACAGCUAGGCUCACCAUCCACAGACGCUCACGUGGCUUACCCAUUUCUCUAUGUGCCUGUUUAAUAAUCAAUGUAUACAUUGGUUCAAUGUUGCCGUAUUGGUUUUCUGUGAGCCUCUGCUCACUUUCUUCUCAAACCAUUCGCAGUCUAAUUUAUUUAUUUAUUCCUCCUCGGUAUUCAGGAUGGACUCUGCCGGGUCACGGGCCGGACCCUCGCUCUGUAAAUGGGAAAAAUACAAACCAAGUGAACUGUCAGAUCAAUGCGCUCCCUGGAGAACGCGCUCACACACUCUCUCUAUCUCUUUCUCUCUUCUGUUUUCUCAAUAAAGCUGAAACUGAAACCCUUA